CAUUGGGUCUUAUCUCUCUCUAACACACACACACACACAAACUCACGUAUAUAUUUAGAGAGAGAGAGAUGGGUGAAGAGAUGAAAGGAGUGAGAGUAAUCGAGGAGUGGUCUCCGGUUAUAGUAAUGGUGAUAUCUAACGUAGCGAUGGGUUCAGUGAAUGCACUUGUGAAGAAAGCUCUUGAUGUUGGUGUGAACCACAUGGUUAUUGGUGCUUAUCGAAUGGCUAUUUCCGCUUUAAUUCUAGCUCCCUUCGCUUAUAUCUUGGAAAGGAAAACAAGACCGGAGCUAACAUUUAGGUUAUUGGUCGAUCAUUUCAUCAGCGGUCUGCUCGGGGCAAGUCUUAUGCAAUUUUUCUUUUUGCUUGGUCUGUCCUACACGUCAGCAACUGUUUCGUGUGCUUUGGUAAGCAUGUUGCCUGCAAUCACCUUCACUUUGGCCCUUAUUUUCAGGACUGAAAAUGUAAGGAAUCUAAAGACCAAAGCAGGAAUGUUGAAGAUCCUGGGAACUCUAAUAUGCAUAAGUGGAGCUUUGUUCUUGACAUUCUAUAAAGGCCCUCAAAUAUCAAACCCUCACUCUCACAAAGAAGCUGUUCAUGACCACAACGACAACGAUCAAGACAAAACCAAGAACUGGCUUCUUGGAUGUCUUUACUUAACCAUUGGAACCACGCUGCUGUCUCUAUGGAUGCUGUUUCAAGGGAAUCUAAGCAUUAAGUACCCUUGCAAAUACUCGAGCACCUGUCUCAUGUCGGUUUUUGCGGCGUUCCAAUGUGCUCUCUUGAGUCUUUACAAGGGCAGAGACGCUCAUGAUUGGGUCAUCGGUGACAAAUUCGUGCUUAUUGUCAUCCUAUACGCUGGAGUGGUAGGACAAGCAAUGUCGACGGUAGCAACAACAUGGGGGAUAAAGAAACUAGGAGCGGUUUUCGCAUCAACAUUCACUCCAAUUACUCUUAUUUCAGCUACUCUAUUCGAUUUCCUCAUCUUACACACUCCUUUAUACCUCGGCAGCGUAAUUGGAUCAGCAGUGGCAGUGAUGGGUCUCUACGUGUUCUUGUGGGGUAAGAACAAUGAAACGGAAGCAUCAACUACAUUGCCUCCUCGGGUGGACAACCAAGACCAAAAUGUUAAUAAUGAUAACGACUCUAAGUCGCCCGUUUAAGUUUACGUACUAUUGUUAUUGGCAUAUAUCAAAUAAUUGUUCUAGUGCGAGCGAGAGAAUAUUGUUAUUUGAAGUCUAGAACUCCAAAAAUCAACGCAGAGAUAAGUUGUGAAGUAUG